AUGUCUCCCAUAUCUCAACUUCUCCUCGUUCUUCCACUAUUCCUCACAGGACUGAGCCAUUGCGCGAGCCUACCACCACGCCAUCCGCAACCGGAUUCAAACCCAGAACUAAUGGCAACCGAAACCAAAUACCUCAAUGUCAGUGUUGACGGACUGAGUCUCUUCUACCGAACAGCCGGCCUGGACACAAACCCGACAAUACUGCUGUUGCACGGUUUCCCGUCAUCGUCUCACCAGUAUCGGAACUUGAUUCCUCUGUUGGCUGACAAGUACCAUGUUGUCGCGCCAGACUUCCCGGGGUUCGGCUUCACCGAGGUCCCUGAUAGUCGCCAGUAUGUUUAUACAUUCGACAACAUCGCGAAAACUCUCUCUCUCUUCCUCGAUGCGCUCUCCAUCAACAGCUUCUCGGUGUACAUCUUCGAUUACGGAGCUCCAACCGGUCUCCGAUUGGCUCUAGAACGCCCAUCCCAGGUGAAGGCCAUCAUCUCACAGAACGGCAAUGCCUAUGAUGAAGGUUUGGGCGCCUUUUGGGAUCCGGUCCGAAAGUACUGGGCAUCAGGAGCUCAGGAAGAUCGCGAAGCACUGAUUCCCGCACUUUUGGAAUUUGCCCCGACCAAAUGGCAGUAUGAAUACGGCUCCCCAGAUCCCACUGCAAUUGCGCCAGAGACAUACACCCUCGACUAUACCCUGAUGUCACGACCAGGCAACAACGACAUUCAGCUCGAUCUGUUCAAGGACUAUGCCAGCAACUUGCCACUGUACCCUAAGUUCCAGGAGUACUUUAGAGAAACUCAGGUUCCUCUGUUGGCUGUAUGGGGCAAGAACGACUUGAUCUUCAUCCCACCUGGUGCGGAAGCUUUCAAGAGAGAUCUCCCGCAAUCUGAGAUUCAUCUGCUUGAUGCAGGCCACUUUACGGUUGAAACACACACUGUGACCAUCGCAAAGCUCAUGCGUGAGUUUCUGGCGAAGAAUGGUGUUGCAUAG